AGUUGACUGUUUAUACCUCCACUUCGCCAUGGGACUACAGUGGUCUAAACAACCCGGAGCCCAGGUUCUCCUCCUGGGCCUAGACGACGCUGGGAAAUCGACGCUCCUGUACAAAUUGAAGCACAACGCCUGCGUCGGCACCGUUCCGACCAUCGGCUUCAACGUGGAAAUGCUCGAGGGGAGGAAGAACGGAAAGAACAUCGCCGUAACCCUGUGGGACGUCGGUGGCCAGAGGAAAAUGCGCGAGCACUGGCCUAGUUUCUACCAGGACGUGGCGGCUGUCGUGUUCGUCGUGGACAGCUCGGGCAGGCAGCGCUUGGAGGAGGCGCGCAGGGAGCUGGAGAACACCCUGAGGAGUGAGCACCUGCGGGGCCGUCCGCUGGUUGUAGUCGCCAACAAGCAGGACGUGGACGGCGCUCUGACUGUCACUGAGAUCAAGGACAUGUUUGACCUGAAGAAGAUCUGCUCAGAUCGGGAUUGGUUCAUUCAGCCUUGUUCCGCGUCGACGGGAUUUGGAGUGGAAGAAGCCUUCAGACGAGUGGUUCAAAUGGUCAAAUAAAAAAGAAAAAUCUGAAAUUAUUUGUACGAAAGAUAUUUCCGAAACAACGAUAGGAGUCAUUUUAAAAUAAGUGUGUAAAUCCAAACCUACCAGCAACAAAACAAUGAAUGAGCCUAGAUCGUUUAGUUAAAUAACGUAUUUAAUGCAGUCAUACACAGAAUCCAGAUGUAACAGAAUCUUGCAAGCUGCUUAAGAGUGAGUGACAACAUUGCUACUUCCGGUGACACUGUAAUGGAUACCACAGGAAACAAAAGACACCACGAGUCUAUUAACAUGCAUUAGAACCCGUCCCACUAACACACAAUGAGCUAGAAACUAUUUUUACAAUUGUGUAGCAAUUGUGUAUCUUUAAAUACCAGGCAGAAUUAUAUUACCCUGCAUUUAUAUUAAACUCUUGAGGCGUCAUUGUUACAUAAAAAUCCAUGAAACAAAGAUAAAUACGUGUAUAUUCUGUUAACUGCAGCAGUUAAACGUGUCGAAUUAUCCAUUCCAGAGUUUGAUUUGUGAUAAAAUCAAAGACAAAACGACAUGGAAUCCCCAAAGUUAUUGAUUGUUAUACCGAUUGCAUUACAAUACCUGAUUACUUUUCUCAAAGCCAUGAAUAAAGCGUGCCUUUUUAGAAAACGAACCACUCUUGAACACUCGUCGGUACAAUCUUUAGCUGGUACAUGGGCAUGAACAUGUCCACAAGGUCGAAGCUGCUGCAGGGGAAAUAGUCGACA